UGUAUGAGGGUGCCGCUAUGAGAGUGAUCAUGUGACAGUGUUGCAGCAUGGCCGGCACCGCGGCAGGGAAAGGGUGGUUGUGAGGUGGGCGGUUCCCUGCUCACUGCUCUGGCCACUGAGGGCCCGGUGUGGCGGUGGGGGCGUGGUCACUGCGUGGCAGAGUCCCGGGUGUUUGGGGCGGCGGGAGAGAGGCGGCUGCUGCUGACCCGGAGUGACGGCGACAUGCUCCCGCUACUGCUGCUGCUGCUGCUCCUGCCCCGGGGGGCCCCGGGCCCCAGCACUGACACAGACAACCUCCUAGUCCUGACUGUGGCCACGGAGGAGACAGACGGCUUCAGACGCUUUCAGAGAUCACUGCAAUGCUUCAACUACAAAGUGAAGGUGCUGGGCCUCGGGGAAGAGUGGCGCGGAGACGGGCAGAAAGUCCAGCUCCUAAAGGCCGCCCUGGAGCAAUACGCAGAUAACGAAGAUCUGAUCAUCCUCUUCACAGAAAGCUAUGACACUGUGAUCGCCUCGGGGACGGCGGAGCUGCUCAAGAAAUUCAGACAAGCCAAAAGUAAAGUGGUCUUCUCUGCGGAAGCCGUGGCCUAUCCGGAGCGACGAUUUGAGGCCAAGUACCCGUCCGUGAGAGAGGGCAAGCGCUUUCUGGGGUCCUCAGCGUUUAUAGGCUACGCUUCACAUCUGCACAAGCUGACGGCGGACUGGAGCGGAGCCGACGACGACAGCGACCAGCUGUUCUACACCAAGAUCUUCCUGGACCCAGUAAAGAGAGAGAAGAUUAACAUCACCUUAGACCACCGAUGCCGGAUCUUCCAGAACCUCCACGGCUCAGUGGGGGACGUGGUAUUAAAGUUUGAGAACGGGAGAGUGAGAGCCCGGAAUGUGGAGUAUGACACGCUUCCUGUGGUAAUAAGCGGCAACGGACCAACCAAGCUUCUCAUGAACUACCUGGGAAAUUACAUCCCCCGUGUCUGGACCUUUGAGACCGGCUGCGUCGUGUGUGAAGAAGGCCUGAGAAGCUUGGCGGGAAUGAAGACCGAUGACGCUUUCCCCCUGGUUGUAAUUGGCAUCUUCAUUGAGCAGCCAACUCCGUUUGUUUCCGAAUUCUUCAAACGCCUCCGUAACCUGCAGUAUCCAAAGAGCCGGAUCCAGCUUUACAUCGCCAACCAUGAGCCUCACCACCAGCGACACGUGGAGGGAUUCCUGCAGGAGCACAGCUCGGAGUACAAUGCUGUGAAGGUGCUGGGGGCAGAUCUGGCCUCCAACUUUGCAGACGCCCGAAAUACCGCAAUGGACACCUGCCGCCAGAACCCAGACUGCGAAUAUUACUUCAGCAUCGACGUCCAGGUGGUUCUGAAUAACGCCAGCGUUCUACGGACCCUCAUCGAACAAAACAAGUCCAUCAUUGCCCCCAUGGUGAGCCGCAUUCAGGAUCUAUGGUCAAACUUUUGGGGUGCACUGAACACGGAUGGGUAUUACGCUCGCUCGGAGGAUUACAUAGACAUCGUUCACAGACGGAGAAUUGGAAUCUGGAAUGUUCCCUAUAUCAGCAAUGUCUACCUGGUGAAAGGCAGCGUUCUCCGCAAUAAGCUCAACCAGUACGAUGUGUUCCGCGGGGGGAAUCUGGACCCUGAUAUGGCGUUUUGUUACAAUGUACGCCAGCAGGGAAUCUUCAUGUUUGUGACAAACCUGCAGCCAUUCGGUCACAUCCUGUACCUGGAGAACUACCAGACCUCUCACUAUAACAAUGACCUGUGGCAGAUCUCCCAAAACAUCCAGGACUGGAAAGAGAAGUACAUUCAUCCCAACCACACUGCGGCUCUCAGGGGGAAAGCCAUCGAAUCGCCGUGUCCAGACGUCUACUGGUUCCCGAUAUUUACCGCCACCGCGUGUGAUGAGCUGGUGGAGGAAAUGGAACAUUACGGUCAGUGGUCAUCUGGAAGUAAGUCGGACCAGAGACUGCAGGGGGGGUAUGAAAAUGUCCCGACGAUCGACAUUCACAUGACCCAGAUCAACUUUCAGAAGGAAUGGCAAAAGUUCCUGCUAGACUUUGUGGCCCCCAUUACAGAGAAGAUGUACCCCGGCUACUACACCCAGGCGCAGUUUGAUUUGGCCUUUGUGGUACGUUAUAAACCAGACGAGCAGCCAUUGCUGGAGCCUCACCACGACGCAUCGACCUUCACCAUUAACAUAGCCCUGAACGGUGUGGGGCAGGACUACGAGGGAGGCGGCUGCAGAUUCCUGCGCUACAACUGCUCAGUGACCGCCCCCAGGAAAGGCUGGGCCCUGAUGCACCCGGGACGGCUGACUCACUACCACGAAGGACUCCGCACUACAAAAGGAACCCGCUACAUCGCAGUCUCCUUUGUGGACCCCUAAGUGGAAGAUGUCUUACAGAGACAUUGGAGACGUUACGAUGUAACUGAUAAAGUAUUAUGUGGUGUCGGCAGGUUACUGACGGCGCUGCGUCUCUUUCCGGACUGCUCCCUGCUCAACCCGUGAGAAUUCGAUACAGAACAAACCCGACUGAUUGAUACAUUGGCGCUGAGUGUUAGUGGUGGGCCUGACCCGCUCAGCGUCUGUGUAUAUAGCAGCAGCUCAAACGCCAGAUCUCCAUGCUUUCCCGUCAUCGCAGUGCUCCUCCUCUGCACGUCUGGCCAAUCAUUGUCUCCGCGCUGAGCGUGUUCUGGCUGUAUGGUACACACCGCUAUUCUCACGCCCUCAGAUAUUCCUUUCAGCCGUGCCUGUAUAUUGCAUUACUCCAGACCGGUCCUAAGAAUUACUCUCAUUUACUGAUAGACAGAUACUUGAAAACACUCACAGAGCAGAACAUAGCCAGAUCACCCAUCAGGCACUCUAGGCUCCUGCCUAAGGCUCAUUGUGCACUCCCAGCAUUGCCAGAUCACCCAUCGGGCACUCUAGGCUCCUGCCUAAGGCUCAUUGUGCACUCCCAGCAUUGCCAGAUCACCCAUCAGACACUCUAGGCUCCUGCCUAAGGCUCAUUGUACUCUCACAGCAUUGCCAGAUCACCCAUCAUACACUCUAGGCUCCCACCUAAGGCUCAUUGUGCACUCCCAGCAUUGCCAGAUCACCCAUCACACACUCUAGGCUCCCACCUAAGGCUCAUUGUGCACUCCCAGCAUUGCCAGAUCACCCAUCAGACACUCUAGGCUCCUGCCUAAGGCUCAUUGUACUCUCACAGCAUUGCCAGAUCACCCAUCAGACACUCUAGGCUCCCGCCUAAGGCUCAUUGUGCACUCCCAGCAUUGCCAGAUCACCCAUCAGACAUUCUAGGCUCCUGCCUAAGGCUCAUUGUGCACUCCCAGCAUUGCCAGAUCACACAUCAGACACUCUAGGCUCCUGCCUAAGGCUCAUUGUGCACUCCCAGCAUUGCCAGAUCACCCAUCAGACACUCUAGGCUCCCGCCUAAUGCUCAUUGUGCACUCCCAGCAUUGCCAGAUCACCCAUCACACACUCUAGGCUCCCGCCUAAGGCUCAUUGUGCACUCACAGCAUUGCCAGAUCACACAUCAGACACUCUAGGCUCCUGCCUAAGGCUCAUUGUGCACUCCCAGCAUUGCCAGAUCACCCAUCAGACACUCUAGGCUCCCGCCUAAUGCUCAUUGUGCACUCCCAGCAUUGCCAGAUCACCCAUCAGACACUCUAGGCUCCUGCCUAAGGCUCAUUGUGCACUCCCAGCAUUGCCAGAUCACCCAUCAGACACUCUAGGCUCCUGCCUAAGGCUCAUUGUACUCUCACAGCAUUUCCAGAUCACCCAUCAUACACUCUAGGCUCCCACCUAAGGCUCAUUGUGCACUCCCAGCAUUGCCAGAUCACCCAUCAGACACUCUAGGCUCCUGCCUAAGGCUCAUUGUGCACUCCCAGCAUUGCCAGAUCACCCAUCACACACUCUAGGCUCCCACCUAAGGCUCAUUGUGCACUCACAGCAUUGCCAGAUCACCCAUCACACACUCUAGGCUCCCGCCUAAGGCUCAUUGUGCACUCACAGCAUUGCCAGAUCACACAUCAGACACUCUAGGGUCCUGCCUAAGGCUCAUUGUGCACUCCCAGCAUUGCCAGAUCACCCAUCAGACACUCUAGGCUCCCGCCUAAUGCUCAUUGUGCACUCCCAGCAUUGCCAGAUCACCCAUCAGACACUCUAGGCUCCUGCCUAAGGCUCAUUGUGCACUCCCAGCAUUGCCAGAUCACCCAUCAGACACUCUAGGCUCCUGCCUAAGGCUCAUUGUACUCUCACAGCAUUUCCAGAUCACCCAUCAGGCACUCUAGGCUCCUGCCUAAGGCUCAUUGUGCACUCACAGCAUUGCCAGAUCACCCAUCAGGCACUCUAGGCUCCUGCCUAAGGCUCAUUGUGCACUCCCAGCAUUGCCAGAUAACCCAUCAGACACUCUAGGCUCCUGCCUAAGGCUCAUUGUGCACUCCCAGCAUUGCCAGAUCACCCAUCAGACAUUCUAGGCUCCCGCCUAAGGCUAAUUGUGCACUCACAGCAUUGCCAGAUCACACAUCAGACACUCUAGGCUCCUGCCUAAGGCUCAUUGUGCACUCCCAGCAUUGCCAGAUCACCCAUCAGACACUCUAGGCUCCCGCCUAAUGCUCAUUGUGCACUCCCAGCAUUGCCAGAUCACCCAUCAGACACUCUAGGCUCCUGCCUAAGGCUCAUUGUGCACUCCCAGCAUUGCCAGAUCACCCAUCAGACACUCUAGGCUCCUGCCUAAGGCUCAUUGUACUCUCACAGCAUUGCCAGAUCACCCAUCAUACACUCUAGGCUCCCACCUAAGGCUCAUUGUGCACUCCCAGCAUUGCCAGAUCACCCAUCAGACACUCUAGGCUCCCGCCUAAGGCUCAUUGUGCACUUCCAGCAUUGCCAGAUCACCCAUCAGACACUCUAGGCUCCUGCCUAAGGCUCAUUGUGCACUCACAGCAUUGCCAGAUCACCCAUCAGGCACUCUAGGCUCCUGCCUAAGGCUCAUUGUGCACUCCCAGCAUUGCCAGAUCACCCAUCACACACUCUAGGCUCCCACCUAAGGCUCAUUGUGCACUCACAGCAUUGCCAGAUCACCCAUCACACACUCUACGCUCCCACCUAAGGCUCAUUGUGCACUCACAGCAUUGCCAGAUCACCCAUCAGACAUUCUAGGUACCCGCCUAAGGCUCAUUGUGCACUCACAGCAUUGCCAGAUCACACAUCAGACACUCUAGGCUCCUGCCUAAGGCUCAUUGUGCACUCAUAGCAUUGCCAGAUCACCCAUCAGACACUCUAGGCUCCUGCCUAAGGCUCAUUGUACUCUCACAGCAUUGCCAGAUCACCCAUCAUACACUCUAGGCUCCCACCUAAGGCUCAUUGUGCACUCACAGCAUUGCCAGAUCACCCAUCACACACUCUACGCUCCCACCUAAGGCUCAUUGUGCACUCACAGCAUUGCCAGAUCACCCAUCAGACAUUCUAGGUACCCGCCUAAGGCUCAUUGUGCACUCACAGCAUUGCCAGAUCACCCAUCAAACACUCUAGGCACCCGCCUAAGGCUCAUUGUGCACUCACAGCAUUGCCAGAUCACCCAUCAUACACUCUAGGCUCCCACCUAAGGCUCAUUGUGCACUCACAGCAUUGCCAGAUCACCCAUCAGACACUCUAGGCUCCCGCCUAAGGCUCAUUGUGCACUCACAGCAUAGCCAGAUCACCCAUCAGACACUCUAGGCUCCCACCUAAGGCUCAUUGUGCACUCACAGCAUUGCCAGAUCACCCAUCACACACUCUAGGCUCCCACCUAUGGCUCAUUGUGCACUCACAGCAUAGCCAGAUCACCCAUCAAACACUCUAGGCACCCGCCUAAGGCUCAUUGUGCACUCAUAGCAUUGCCAGAUCACCCAUCACACACUCUAGGCUCCCACCUAAGGCUCAUUGUGCACUCCCAGCAUUGCCAGAUCACCCAUCAGACACUCUAGGCUCCCACCUAAGGCUCAUUGUGCACUCACAGCAUUGCCAGAUCACCCAUCAAACACUCUAGGCACCCGCCUAAGGCUCAUUGUGCACUCAUAGCAUUGCCAGAUCACCCAUCAGACAUUCUAGGCACCCGCCUAAGGCUCAUUGUGCACUCACAGCAUUGCCAGAUCACCCAUCAUACACUCUAGGCUCCCACCUAUGGCUCAUUGUGCACUCACAGCAUAGCCAGAUCACCCAUCAUACACUCUAGGCUCCCACCUAUGGCUCAUUGUGCACUCACAGCAUUGCCAGAUCACCCAUCAGACACUCUAGGCUCCCACCUAAGGCUCAUUGUGCACUCACAGCAUAGCCAGAUCACCCAUCAUACACUCUAGGCUCCCACCUAUGGCUCAUUGUGCACUCACAGCAUUGCCAGAUCACCCAUCAGACACUCUAGGCUCCCGCCUAAGGCUCAUUGUGCACUCACAGCAUUGCCAGAUCACCCAUCAGACACUCUAGGCUCCCGCCUAAGGCUCAUUGUGCACUCACAGCAUUGCCAGAUCACCCAUCAGACACUCUAGGCUCCUGCCUAAGGCUCAUUGUGCACUCCCAGCAUUGCCAGAUCACCCAUCAUACACUCUAGGCUCCCACCUAAGGCUCAUUGUGCACACAUAGCAUAGUUAGAUCACCCAUCAGACACUCUAGGUACCCGCCUAAGGCUCAUUGUGCACUCCCAGCAUUGCCAGAUCACCCAUCAAACACUAGGUACCCGCCUAAGGCUCAUUGUGCACUCCCAGCAUUGCCAGAUCACCCAUCAAACACUAGGCACCCGCCUAAGGCUCAUUGUGCACUCACAGCAUUGCCAGAUCACCCAUCAAACACUAGGCACCCGCCUAAGGCUCAUUGUGCACUCACAGCAUAGCCAGAUCACCCAUCUGACACUCUAGGCUCCCACCUAAGGCUCAUUGUGCACACAUAGCAUAGCCAGAUCACCCAUCAGACAUUCUAGGUACCCGCCUAAGGCUCAUUGUGCACUCCCAGCAUUGCCAGAUCACCCAUCACACACUCCAGGCUCCUGCCUAAGGCUCAUUGUGCACUCACAGCAUUGCCAGAUCACCCAUCAGACACUCUAGGCUCCCGCCUAAGGCACAUUGUGCACUCACAGCAUUGCCAGAUCACCCAUCAGACACUCUAGGCUCCUGCCUAAGGCUCAUUGUGCACUCACAGCAUUGCCAGAUCACCCAUCACACACUCCAGGCUCCUGCCUAAGGCUCAUUGUGCACUCACAGCAUUGCCAGAUCACCCAUCAUACACUCUAGGCUCCCGCCUAAGGCACAUUGUGCACUCACAGCAUUGCCAGAUCACCCAUCAGACACUCUAGGCUCCUGCCUAAGGCUCAUUGUGCACUCACAGCAUUGCUAGAUCACCCAUCAGACACUCUAGGCUCCCGCCUAAGGCUCAUUGUGCACUCACAGCAUAGCCAGAUCACCCAUCAGACACUCUAGGCUCCCGCCUAAGGCUCAUUGUGCACUCACAGCAUAGCCAGAUCACCCAUCACACACUCUAGGCACCCGCCUAAGGCUCAUUGUGCACACAUAGCAUUGCCAGAUCACCCAUCAGACACUCUAGGCACCCGCCUAAGGCUCAUUGUGUCUCUUCAUGUACAUUUACCAGCAGAAGAAAUCGUUACUAUAAAUAUCGAGCCAUUUCUGGAUAUUAUACAGUUUCACGUGCGGAUAGAGAGCAGCUAUAAAUUACCGUAUAUCACCCACGAAUACCGUGAUUUGCCGUCAGUCCCGUUCCUUUCAGUAGCGCUGCAUUUCCCAGUAUUCAGGGGCGUUAGUUGUAAUGGAAACCGGCUGUUACUCAUGCUAGCUGAGCCGUACUAGUAAGGCGGGAGUAACUCUAAUACCGGGGGUGACAGGGGGCUGCUGAUUGUUCCAGGUAAUUUAUAUUGCCGUGCGCUGUCAGUAUACGUACAGUCACCGUGUUGGGCUCGCUGCGUGUUCUGGGGAAUGUCCUGGAGUAGAUCAUAUGGAAUGUAGAGCGGAUACAUUUUAAUCCGCUGCUGCUGUUGGGGUAGAUUAUUAAUUACAGUAAUUGGCGUUUCCACCUUCAGUUGAAUCUUCUACAUAUUGGAUUGUCUGUCACCCUGUAACUAUUGCUUUCUCCUUCCUAGCUUGAGUCUGUGCUUUUCAGCCAUGUGUUUAUAUGUAUUUAUAUGUGUAUUUAUUCAGCUCAUUUGACAUUUGCAGUAUCCCAGGACUGUAAAGUUUAACAACUGUGCUGUAUUAUAUAAAGACUUGGCUGGAAAGCACAGGCAGGUGCUAGAGAAGGCUGCACAGAGUAUGUACAUGCAUGUGAGUGAUCCCGGAGGUGGAAACCCAUAUGAUGAUGAUGAUGAACCCCCCCCCCCCCCCCCCCCAUGGCAGCACUGCAGUGCACGGAAUUACUGACCAUUGUGCCUUAUUCUCAUUGUGCCUUCAUGGUGACUUGCAGCUCUGUGUAGUGUGCGCAGACUGUGACAUUCAGAGACACUGUAAACAUUCUCUCACACCGGACUCUCGCGGCUCCACAAAUCGCGUUCUGUGAUGUCAUCACUUCCUCCGUUUCGCAACAAGAAUAUAAAUAUUUACUGUUUUGUAUAUUGCGAGUAGUUAGGAUUUUUACAUUAAAAUAAUGACCUGUG